AUGGCUGUAAGCCACGUGUUUAGAGGAGAGGAAUGGCUGAUCUCCACUGCUAAGCAUCUACUCCUAUACCACGCAUUCGGAUGGCAGCCUCCGUCGUAUGCCCACCUCCCACUCCUUCUCAACAAAGAUGGCAGCAAACUGUCCAAACGACAGGGGGACAUAUUUAUCCAGCAUUACGCCAAGAGUGGAUACCUGCCGGACACCCUGCUUGACAUUAUAUCAAACUGUGGAUCAGGAUUUCUUGGAAAUCAGAUGGGCCGCACUCUGCCUGAACUCAUAGAGCAAUUUGAAUUGGAAAGAGUGAGUUCCCAUUCGGCAUUCAUAGACCUUAGCAAUCUUCCAGAGUACAACAGGAUUCAUCUAUCCAAGAGGAUUGAUAACAUGGAAAGCCGGGCAGAGCUGAUCACACAACUCCAGACUCUACUGCAGGAAAAAUACAAAGACGUGACAUUUAAUAAAGAGUAUAUUGAGAGGAUACUGAUGUUGAGGAAGGGACACCUGUGUUUGCUCACAGAUUUCCUGUCUCCAAAUUACUCCUAUUUGUGGAUUCGGCCCUCUGUACACCUCAAAGAUCUGCACAGCUUGUCAAGUGAGGCUACUGAGAUCGGGAGUCUGGUUGUGGGGAUUUUAGAAAAAAGCCACAAUGACAUGAAUGUGGAAACAUUAAACAAAGAUCUCAAACUCCAUCUGCAGCAGCUGAAAGCCACAAAGUACAGUGUAUCUAUGAAACUUCUACGCAGGAUUCUAAGUGGUUUGGAGGUAAGUCUUUCCACUUCCAUCUUCCUUUAA